AUGGAAUAAGAAAAACAAAUAUGUGAUAUGGAUUUUUAAGAACUUAGAAAAUUAAUGGAAAGUAAAGCCAUAGUAGUAUAACAUGACAUGAACCCAGAAAUGUGUUCUGAAUGUUAAGAUAUAAUAUAAUCUGCAAUAGAUGGUUAAGCUACUCCUAAUAAUGAAUUAGCAGCCAAAAUAAUCAAAGAAACGUUAGAUAAAAAAUAUGGUGCAAGUUGGUAAUGUAUAAUAGGGGAAGGUUUUGCUUAUGAUGUAACUGUUUAAAGUAGUACUUUAUUACAUAUGUAUUAUCAUGGAUAUAUGGCUAUAUUAAUAUUCAAAAGUUGA